AUGAAUUACGACACAAUAACGGUAAUCAGUUCUGUUUGCAAAGCAAUCCUUCAGUAUUGUGCCAACUCGCAUCCGUUUGAAGAGCGUACACUCGCCCUUGAUCAACCAGUCAAGAUUGGACGUCUGUUGGCUAAAGCCAAAGUAAGUCCUCACAAUGGGAUUUUUGAUUGUAAAGUCUUGUCAAGAAACCACGCCCUGCUAUGGCAUGAAAAUGGAAAAUUUUUUUUACAAGACACAAAAAGUAGUAACGGUACGUUUGUUAACAACCACAGACUCAGUAAAAGUGGUGAAGAGUCUAAACCACAAGAAGUGUUUAGUGGAGAUGUGGUGCAGUUCGGUGUUGACGUGAUUGAAAACUCUAAAAACAUAUCUCACGGCUGUAUUACAGCUGUAUUAAAGUUAUUUCAUGCUGACGGUACAGAGGCUAAAUCUAACCCUGUCGAAAAUUUUAUUAGUGAUGUAUCUACUCAAGAUUUAUACACCAUAGAUGCUUAUAUACGAGAUGCAAUGCACAGGGAAGCAAAUUUAGAAAACAAAUUAUUUAACUUGGAAAGGCUGUUAUCCAACAUAAUUGGGGAAACAGAUAAUAGUUGGAAAGCCCUCGUUGCUGAGGAUCGUUUAUUAUCCAAAAUUGAAUUUUUAGAAAAUCAACUGCAGUACUACAAAAAGGAUCACGGGGAAGAUGAAAUGAAACAGGAAAUAUGUGAUUUAAAACAAUAUAAAUAUUCAUACCAAGGAAUGGCUAAAGAUUGUUUAAAAAAAGAAAUGGAAGAAAAAUUGAAACUGAUGCAAAAAUGUCAAGAAUUAGAAAAUCUGUUGAAACAUUCCAUAACUGAACAAAGUGCGUUGAUGAAACAUUUGAAUGAUGCACAAGAUGAAAUCAAAGAAGUGUGUUCUAAGUUAAAUACAGAAGUUGCUAAUCAUGAAAAUUGUAUGAAAGAAUUUGAUGCAUCAAAAGAAUUACAUGUAACCGAAUUAAAAACCCUACAAGAAUCAAAAAAUGAAAUAGAAAUGAGCUUUAAUAAUAAAUGCGAAGAAAUCGAAAGAUUACGAGCAGAAAUAGCUAAAAUGAAUUAUGAGAUCAAUACACGCAAUGUACUUCUUUUGACCUUACAAAAUGAACAUGAGCUUACUGAAGAUAUUUCUCUUAAUAAGUACUUUAAUAAUAUAAUGUCUUAUAUUGUACAUAUAUUACAAGAUCGUCAGACAUAUCUAAAUCAAAUGAACUCCCUACAAAGUCAAAUGCAAAAACACAUAAAACAAAAAGCUGACUUAGAAAAUCAAGUAUGCCAGUUACAGACAGAACUUGAUCUUAAUCAUGAAUUUUUAAAAAAUAUUGAAGUUAUAUCUAAAGACAUUGAGAUUCAGACAGAUUUUUAUAAACAGAAAUCUGAUGUCAUUGAAUUUAGACUAUCUGAAGCAAAAGAUGUACUGCUGGACUGUAUAACUAAUUUGGAUGAUCAAGAAUCCACUAUUAAACAUCUUAAAAAAGAGAUUUCUUGUAAAGAUAUUGUACUAUUGUUGAUGUCUGAAUAUUUAUGUCAGGUAUCAAGUAUUGACUCUAAUAAUAUACAAAAUGUGCCAGACAUACUACAAAAAAAUCUUUGCUCUUUUAGUAACUCAAAAGGUCUUGACCAUAGUUUAGAUGUUUUAAAAGUAUCUCAAAUUGAGAGUUUAAAUACAUCCCAAAUACAAAAAAAUUAUAUUGUGAACGAAGUCUUGACACAAGAAAUCAGCUCUGAUACAGUGGACACUAAAGAAGAUUCAGUAUUUGACCAAAAUGAAUUAGAACAAAUUCGUAAUGAAUAUGAUUUAUGUCUAACAGAAAAAAAUAAUCUGAAAUAUGAAUUAGAGCAAAUCACAUUGAGAUGCAGAGAGUUAGAACAAACUCCAAAUUUCCACUUGUUUUUCGCGUUACCAGCAAUAGAACAUCCGAAUAAGUGCAAUUAA